AUUGCCUUUGCUCUCUUCGUUUUAGCCCAAGACAAUUAGCAUAGUAAUUAGUUUACUUUGCAGAAGAAGAGUGACAAUUCAAAAAGAAGGGAAGGAUUUUAACUUUAUUAAAGGGUGCAGUUGGUUUGGCUGGCGUUCACAUUGCGACAGUUGCUUCUUUUUCUUUUUUUUUUUUCCUCUGUGUUUUUCUUUUUCUAGUUUCCUGCAGAGAGUAGAAGCCACCGUACGACUACGGGCGGUAGAAGAGGAGGAUCGCCGUUUGUUUGCUUCUGCACAAGCAGGCACGUAAAAUACUAGUUGUCCCCUUCUUCUACCCGUCAAUCCCAAUCCCUUCCACCUCCUCCUCCUCCUCCUCCUCUUCCUCCUCCGCAAAGAAGAAGAAGAAGAAGAAGAGGAGAUCGAUCGAUCCCUUUGAGUAGUGCAGGUGCGUAUCUCAUGGCGGGCCGGUACGAUAGCAACCCCUUCGACGAGGAAGAGGUCAAUCCCUUCUCUGAACCAGCUGUUCGUGGAAAAGCAGGUGGACAGUCUAGUUAUGGCGGAGGUCCAUUCUAUACAACACACCCAGGAAGUGUUCCCCCAGCUUCCAAUUCUCGUCUUUCACCUCUUCCUCCGGAACCUGCUGAUUUCUACAAUGAUCGUGGUGCCACAAUUGAUAUUCCUCUUGAUUCGACAAAGGACGUAAAGAAAAAGGAGAAGGAACUCCAAGCACUAGAGACUGAACUAAAUAGGAGAGAAAAGGAACUAAAACGGAGGGAAGAAGCUGCAGCCCGAGCUGGCAUUGUAAUAGAGGAGAAAAAUUGGCCACCUUUUUUCCCCAUUAUACAUCAUGAUAUUGCAAAUGAGAUACCCAUCCACGUUCAAAGAAUGCAGUACUUUGCCUUUGCGUCUUUGUUAGGAUUGGUUUUGUGCCUCUUCUGGAAUGUUAUAGCAGUAACAGCUGCUUGGAUUAAGGGGGAAGGUGUAAAAAUCUGGUUCCUCGCUAUAAUCUACUUUAUAUCCGGAGUUCCAGGUGCUUAUGUUUUAUGGUAUCGGCCUCUUUAUCGUGCAAUGAGGACAGAGAGUGCUUUGAAGUUUGGAUGGUUCUUUCUGUUUUACUUGCUGCACAUUUGUUUCUGUAUAUAUUCAGCUGUGGCUCCUCCAGUUAUUUUCAAGGGAAAAUCUUUGACAGGAAUCUUGCCAGCGAUUGACGUCAUAGGGAAUAGUGUCAUAGUCGGAGUAAGUUUACGUUACAUGUUGAGUAGCAGUAGUAUUAAAUGUGCCUGAUAUGUCUAUUUUUUCGAUAUAGCAGAUAAGGUGCAUUUCUACUGACAUAAUGCUAUGCUUCUUAGCCACUGUUUGGUUGGGAGCCUAGAGGAAAAAUACAGGGCAAUAACUCAUUAUCCUUCUGUAUUGAUAAUUUUGAUAGCCAACGUUUUUCUCUAGUUUAUCCCUGUAAUGAUUACAGUUUUUGUUGUUGCUGAUGUUGUAGCUGCUUUUUGUAGUUGUUCUUACCUUUGGAGUUAUUUCUAUCAUUUAAAACUACACAGAAAAUUAGCUGUGUUCUCAUAGUUAUGCUAAUAUGGUGGGAUAACCUUGAUAUAAGAUGUAACCCCGCUCGAGUUUGUUCCCAAAAUAACCAUACCUUUAAUCUACACAAGUGACCGAUAAUCUAUAAUUGCCACUACAAAUUAUUAGUCCUGAUUUUAGCUACACUUAGUGGAAACCAUAUAUGCAAUCAUAUAUUAUAGAUGGCAUGACCAAGCUUUUUAGCUACACUUCUGUUAUCACACCAUUCUGUCCUUUCUGACUUGACCAACAAAGAAGCAUCACAUAACACAUUUCGCAAACUUGGUUUUGUACUCAAUUGAAUAUUUGACAUAGCUUUAUUUCUAAUUUGAUAGUUGAUUCAACAUACUUUAUAAGAGACCAGCUGAGGGAAUGCUGCAAUUUUCUUAUGGUUCUGUACUGAAUAGGAUUUUUUGCUUAGGGGCUGGUUGAUUCCACGUAAAAUUUUAAAAAAAUAAUUUUCGAUGGAAAUUUUUUUCGAAAGUUGAAUGAGUUGUACGCUUUUUAGUGUUUGGUUUGUGGAAGGAAAAUUAGUUUCCCAGCGAGACUUGUUUGGUUUGUUGGAAAAGAAAAACAUAGAUGAAAAACUAUUUUAUAUAUA